ACGUGACACCCGUGUUAUGCGGGGUCCCCGUGUGGGCUUCUCUAUCUUUCUCCAACCCUCCCGCAUUCACAUCGCCACCUCUGUCCGUCGCUCUACGAAUCCUCGCUCCGUCGCUGGGUAGAGAUUCAGGGACGCCAGGGAGAGGCUUCUUCAAGACCUGUGAACUCACCACCAACACCACCAACUAGAACAGCAACCCACACAACAACAAUCACCAACAACAUUCUCAAGUUCCAGCGUGGAACAAGCCUCCAACCCACCACCCUUAUAACCACCACCAGCAACAACCACCACAACACCAACAGCCAACGAUCAUAUUCUAUUCUUUGGGUCUUUCGGUAAAGCCACGUAGAUCAUCGUCAACAACAGCAUUCUUCAUUUCUACCGAACAAGCCUCCAUCAAACCACGACCACAACAAAUACCUCAUUCACACCACCACCAACAAUAACGAAACAACGACCACACAAUUCUGCAAUUCCCAGCGUGGAGAACGCGCGCACCCACCGCGCCACCAUGAACCUCUCCGAGGCGCUGUUCCCGAACCCGUUUGUCGGGACCUCGGGUCCAGACGACAACGGGACCGCGUCGGCCUCCGCGAACCGCACCCGCUUCAGCCCGUGCCACAACUUCUCCAUCCCCACCGAGGUGUUCCUCGCGCUCGGCAUCGUGAGCCUCGUCGAGAACGCGCUCGUCAUCGCGGCCAUCGCGCGCAACCGCAACAUGCACUCGCCCAUGUACUGCUUCAUCUGCAGCCUGGCCGUGGCCGACCUCCUCGUGUGCCUCUCCAACGCGUGGGAGACAAUCGCCAUCGCGCUCGUGCACGGCCGCCACGUGCACAUCCCCGCGCGCAUCCUGCAGCACGUGGACAACGUCUUCGACUCGUUCAUCUGCAUCUCGGUGGUGGCCUCCAUGUGCAACCUGCUCGCCAUCGCCGUCGACCGCUACGUGACCAUCUUCUACGCGCUGCAGUACCACUCGAUCGUGACGAUGCGACGCGCCGCCGUGGUCAUCGCGUGCGUGUGGGCGGCGUGCGUCGUGAGCGGCACGCUCUUCAUCACCUACUGGGACCACCGGACGGUCAUCGUGUGUCUCAUCGCGCUCUUCGUCACCAUGCUCGUGCUCAUGGCGUCGCUCUACGCUCACAUGUUCGCGCUGGCGCGCUCGCACGCCCAGCGCAUCUCCGCCCAGCCGCGCAGCUCCCGGCAAGGACAACAGAACGGCGCCGCCAGCCUCAAAGGCGCCGUGACGCUCAGCAUCCUGCUCGGAGUGUUCGUCUUCUGCUGGGCGCCCUUCUUCCUGCACCUCACCUUCAUCAUCAGCUGUCCCGCCAACCCCUACUGCUGCGCGUACAUCGCCUACUUCCCGCUCUACCUGCUGCUCAUCAUGAUCAACUCCGUCAUCGACCCGCUCAUCUACGCCUUCCGGAGUCCCGAGUUGAGAGUCAUCAUCCGCGACACGCUGCGUAAAUGCGGCCGUGGCCGCGGCCGCGGCGCCAAUGGCACCAGGGGCUCCAGCUGCUGCUGCGUCCAAGUCCGCUGAGGGCGCGACCCGGGCGCGAACCCCACAUUUGGUCCGCCUACGGGAUGUAAGCUGAGUGAACUUACCCCGGGCAUGGCAGUGGUGUUGGCGGCGGCGGCGGCGCGAACUUCGCGAGCCAGCGCCGUGGAGCCAAGGGGCUGGUGGAUUACAUGAAGAGAUUUGGGCUCCGAGGUGGACGGCAGAUGGCGGUACAGCAUGUGUGGUUCGUGAACCCGUUUGUGCGGACCUUUGGGUGUUAUCCCCUCGCAUGCGAGGUGGGUUUUCUUGGGGUACUCCGGUUUAUUCCUACGUGAAGCAAACCCACCCUUUAUUUACAAAGUGGUCAAAAAUCUCAUGAAGCAGGCCCUCUUUAAAGCAUACUGAGCCUCGGCCAGGCUUUGUUCGAUAAAUGUUGUAGUUAUUGUGUGUGGAACCGGCUCAUGCACGUGGAAACAGAUCGGGGCUGGGAGGCAAUUCCGAUCUCUUUCCCUUCAAGUUUGGGACACGAGAUAAAAGAUCAUCAUUCCUCAAUCAUGGGCUUCUAUUGCUAAUGGCCCCAACCACUUUCGAGUUCCACGCACCUGGUCCAGUCAUCGCCAUCCUCUUCAACCCCCCCAUUAUACAGGGGAUGAUCAUCAUCAAUCAUUUUUAAUUCGGAUAUAUAAAUGUAUUAUGAGGCAAAACGCCCCCAACGCGUUCUAGAACAUUGUUAGGCAGAGGUGGGGAAAUUCCACGGUCUUUUGGCGGGUCCAAGU